CAAAACAUAGUAUUAUCUGUUCAGUGUUCUAGUUUUAUCGCAUUAGUGUACUAAGUCUACAAAAAAAAUUUUAAAGUAAACAAAAUUGUAAUACACAGAAACCCCUAGAGCAAAAUUCUCGAUUUCAACCAAAGAUGAGUGCCCCCUGGUUUACGAUGUCAAAGAAAGGAUGGAGGGAAAAGUCCCAAACAAUGAUGUUUUUAGCUGCGCCCGAUCCACCAGCUGUGGCCGCUCCACCGGCUGCGGCCGCGCCAGUUGAGAAACCAAGGCCCACGAUGAAGGAGCCACCACCUACAUUUAUUUUUGACGUCGUGGUGACCAAUCUGGAGGCACAGGGCGUAGAAAUCACCGAUCCCAAGGGGCUGGCGAUCGAUGUGAACUUUAAUCGCAUGCCUUUGACCCUCACCUCGAGCCGGAUCAAUGUCAACGAGUUCAAGCCGGGCAGCGGCGCGGAGUUCCAGACGGAGCCCAAUGCCUUACGCAAAACUCUCGAUGAAUGCGGCAUGACAUUCGUGGUAAAGUACAAGGAUCGCGCUGUGGGCAGCGGACAGACAUCCUUCCCUACCAUGGUCACAGAGCGCAUCGAACGAAAGAUGAGCGACAUCAUCCAUGUGGACACGUGCGUUUUGUCUAAAGGGGGAGAGCCGGCUGGUAAGCUGGAGGUCCUCUGCCGCCUUGUCAUCCGCUGCAAUGAGCAGCCGAAGGUGGGGGAGAGCGAAUGCCAGCGGAACAUGGACAAAAGCAUCAAUCCGCAGGACAUAAUGUUCGUUAUGGGCGAAUCCCAGCACUGUCCCAGUCCUUGCGAUCCCUGCCUAGAUGCCAUGGAUUCAGAGCCGGGUGAUGAGCGUCUGCGCCUGGAUCUGCAGCGAUAUCACAGUCAGAAGGCCGGCACCUUUAAUCCCAAUAAAAUGACGACGGACAAACCAUCUGGAAUUGCGGCUUGCUGUGAACUGAAGAAAAUGGCCGUGGAGUAUGAGCAGCUAAUAGACUCCAUAACCAGAUCCACGGGCUGCGCGCCACCACCAAAGCCGCCUUGUCGGAACCCGGAUGAGUUUGAUAUGAGUCCCUGUCGUGACACACACAUGCCCGUGGAUCUGAAAAUGCCAGGAGAGCCCCAUCUGCCCUGCUUUUCGUAUCUGCCGACUCGUCAGGAACAGCAGCCCGACUUUUGCGAUCAGAACCGUAUACCAAUGCCCAUUGCAGACUGCGACGGAAGGAAGCCGGACAUCAAGCCCAUCCGUUUCUGUCCCGUGUGCCUGACCAACAUGUCCUGGAUGCCAAAAUUUGCUUCCUGCCCAAAGUGUGGCAUCAAGCCGAUGCCCGUUGUAGAGGACCGGCACAAGGAGGAGAAACUGACGGCCGACCAGAUACUGCUCGAGUUCCUCGGCAAGCCACCGGCCACGAUCGACGAUUACUGCGUGGAUCCUUGCGAAAAGGCAAUCAAGGACAAGGACAACGAUGCAGGUGGCACUGACGAGUGUCCUCCCUGCCGCUGCACCUGCAAAUUCGGGAAGCUCUGCGCCCACUGUCGCAUCCGGAAACUAUGCGCAGACAUCUUCCAGCCGAACCAACUCCAGGCAAAGUGUCCCAAGGUGGAGCCGCAGCCGCCCGAAGACUUUUGCGUCGUUAACAAGUCGAGUAACGAGGACUGCCGACCCUAUCUGGCAAAGGUUUUCUCUGAACUGCGCGACCUCUACGACAUCAAGGACACUAAAAAGAUUUCCGAGUUCGAUGAGAACUGCGAAUUAAAAAAGACCAAGGAAGAGGAGACAGACACGACAGGCAAAGUUGAUGAUAAGAACAUCCGCAAGGAUAAACUCAAGGCACAGACUACGAAGAAGUCUCUCUACAGCCCAGGCCCCAAGCGCCCCUUCAACACCCGCACCGUGACCGGCCGCCACAAGUACUGCGUUCGCCAGCAAGGAGCAGUAUCCAGAGACCACGGCUGGGCAUGGAGCAACAGCUAUGAAGCACGCAAAAUGGGCUGGCGACCCGGCGCCAUCCGGCGGCCCAUCAAAAAGCUUAUGAAGUUUUUUCUUCUGGACACUAGUCGAGAGUCGGCCUUUAAGAAAUGCAAAGAUGCUGAGGCCAAGGAACUGGCCAAGGAGCUACAGCAGCCGGUGCUCAACGUCUGCAAGAAGAACGGGGAGAUCUUUAUCACCCUCCGGCCGUUGGGCACGCUCGGGAUGCGGCAGAAGCCCAUCAUCUUCCGGGUGGUUAAGAGUGAGCUGGCCGUGGCGCUGCGGAAGAUCAAACGGAUUCUCAAGGAAAAGGGCUUCAGAAAGUGCACCUGCCACCAAACGCUGAUGAUGUGCACCUGCCGCAACACCAUAGAGAAGAAGCAGCUGGCUUUCGCCCUGGACAAGGAGUGCCAGCGCCACUGCAUAGCCCCCUGUGCCGACCAUCUGGUCCUGACGGACACCAGCGAGAGCGACAUGGAGUUCGACUUCGAUGUCACGCCUCCCGCAGGCACCGAGCAGCCGCGGAGGCGACCCAAAGCUCACAGCGAAAACCGAGGCACACAGACCAGCAAAAAGGACCGAGAGCCGCCGCUGCCAAAGUAUCCAAUGAAGCAGAGUCCCUACUGGAAAGCGUACAACUGUGCCGCGGGCGAUCGCUAUGUGGCCACGGCCUUUGGGUCACCCGGCGAGGAAGUCUACGAGGAUGGACUCUUUGGGUGGGGUGGCGGUGGACCACACGGACCGUCCGCCCAGCCUGGAGGAAAGCCGAAGGCGCCUGGCAUCUGGGGCUCCCCUGAGGGAGGCCCAAUGCCAGCGGGACCAGGAGGAGCCAGUCGAGGCGGCCGCGGAGGUGCCUCUGGAGGUGGUGGAGGAGGCGGUGGCGGUGGUGGUGGUGGUGGUGGUGGUGGCGGUGGCGGUGGCGGCGGCGGUAUACCAGCCGGAAUGAAGGGAUUCCCAAAGGGUGUGGCUGCCAAAGUGGCUGCAGCUGCUGCAGGAGGAGGUCUCAAGGGACCACUAGCAUCAGUAGGUCGUGGAGGAGUGGGAGGCGGAGGAGCAGGAGGCGGAGGAAGAGGAGGGGGCGGAGGUGGAGGUGGAGGCGGAGGUGGUCCGAUUCCGGUGAGAAUGCCCCAGCGCUAUAUAAAAGCCCUCGAGAAAGCGGCCAAUGCUGAGAAGGAGGUCCAACAGAAGCAAGCCGAGCAGAGGAAGAAGGGCAUAGAUAUGAUGAAGUACCUCCAAAAGUCGGGAGCUCUCAGCAAGCCCUGGAACCCGGCAGACGGCAAGGCUCCGAAAGGCAAGCAAACCGGUCCUGUCGUCGGACCCGAUGGCCUAACCGACGCCCAGCGCAAGCGUCGCGCCCUGCUCGAUAUGCCCCAGCCCCCGCUCGAUUCGAUAACACGAAGGGGAAAGCCCUUCGAUCCCUGUGCCCCAGCUGCCUACUACUGUGGCUACUACUGCUAAGCGUGCGUCCCCUCUCUCGCCUCAUUUUCAAGCAUUUCCAUUUGGUGUGAAAUUGUAUUUGCCACUUUUCCUCCCCUUCAUCAAACAUUCAGCAAGUGUGUUGGCGUUUUGUUGUCGCGUUUCCUCGGAGCUGAUCAACCCACAACGAUUCGCUUUCAAUUGACAUCACGUCUCCAGGAAUUUGAACUGGAGAUGGUCCGCAGGCACAUCACAUUCACGCACAGAUGUACAGAGGCAUCCACCUCACUAAUGCUGCGAAAAUCCAAUGGCAUUACAAAAUGUUAUGUUAUGUGGAAGAAGAUUGUAUAAAGCUUGUACAUAAUGCAUGAAAUAUGGCAAUUUCAAUUAGUUUUUAGUGCCACAGAACGACAGACAGACAUGGGAUUAAAUUUUGUAAGCCCAA